UGCUUUGGAAAGGCACGCACUGAGUUAACACUUGUCAAGAAACUAAGAUUGUACCUGGAAAGGCCAAAAUGGAGCUAUCAAUGCCCCCUCCUCAAAUCUAUGUAGAAAAAACUCUGGCCAUUAUCAAACCCGAUAUUGUUGACAAAGAGGAGGAGAUUCAAGAUAUUAUUCUCAGAUCGGGGUUCACCAUUAUUCAGAGAAGAAAACUACAUCUCAGCCCAGAGCACUGCAGUAACUUUUAUGUGGAACAGUAUGGGAAAAUAUUUUUCCCAAAUUUAACAGCUUACAUGAGUUCUGGACCACUGGUUGCCAUGAUAUUAGCUAGACACAACGCCAUCUCUUACUGGAAAGAACUUUUGGGACCAAGUAAUAGUUUGGUAGCUAAGGAGACACACCCAGACAGUCUAAGAGCAAUUUAUGGCACGGAUGACCUCAGGAACGCACUGCAUGGGAGUAAGGACCUAGCUGCGGCAGAGAGGGAGAUCCAUUUCAUGUUUCCUAAAGUGAUUGUUGAGCCCAUUCCAGUUGGACAAGCUGCCAAGGACUAUUUAAAUUUAUAUGUGAUACCAACUCUGCUUGAAGGACUCACAGAGCUUUGUAAGCAAAAACCAGCAGAUCCUUUUAUUUGGCUAGCUGAAUGGCUGCUGAAAAAUAACCCCAACAAGCCUAAACUUUAUCAUCAUCAAAUUGCAGAAGAGUUCCAGUCUCUGCCAAAGAAUAGUUUAUGAACUGUCUUUUUGCAAAAGUGUGCAUGAGGCCCUGGAUUUGAUCCCCAUCACCAGAAAGA